AUGAAAGUAUCUGUUUUUAAAUUCUUUUAAGCUGUUAAUCAUUUCGUUAUCAGUGAAUUGUCUAUUAUCGUGGAGUAAAUGUAUUUUAAUUUCACUUUUUAUUCAAGUUUUAACGAAAGUAUGUAUGUUUUCUUUUUAAGCUUUUAACCAUUUGUCCUCACUGCUCGAUGUUUAUUUAUUAUGCAUUUCUAACAGAUUCUCCUACCGCUUUUCUUUGUAUCAGCUUCAAUGAUUUUUACCGGCUGAUGUCCGUGCCGUCAAAUAUUUAGUAUGGCUUGUGCGUGUUUAGUGGAGAUAUCGCUGACCAAAGCUGAGUGGUUGACAAGUGUCCCCCGCGCGACCUUCUACGUUGUUAAAUUAUUAUUAAGGUGUUGUUGUACUGUGGCAAAGUAG